UUUGAACAUGGCUGAUCCCAGGAGAGUGGAAGAAGGGUUAGGACAUGCACCACUUGUUCAUGAAGAUGAUAAAAGCAACGUUGGAGAUGGCAUAAAGAAUGAGAAAGAGAUAGAGAGGAGUAUCGUUAUACAGGAUGAGCCUGUUGAACAGAAAGAGGAGCAAUCGCUGGUGAAGCAGAAGAGCAAGAGAGUUGCGACCUUGGAUGCAUUUAGAGGUCUUACUAUAGUGUUGAUGAUAUUGGUGGACGAUGCUGGGGGAGCAUAUGAGCGGAUCGAUCACUCACCAUGGAAUGGAUGCACAUUGGCUGACUUUGUCAUGCCUUUUUUUCUCUUCAUUGUUGGGGUGGCCAUCGCCCUUGCUCUCAAGAGAAUUCCGAAGAUCAAUGAGGCAAUGAAGAAGAUAAUUUUAAGGACACUGAAGCUUCUAUUUUGGGGAAUUUUAUUGCAAGGAGGUUACUCGCACGCCCCUGAUGAUCUCUUUUACGGAGUUGACAUGAAGCUUAUCAGGUGGUGUGGCAUUUUACAGAGAAUAGCAGUGGUGUACUGUUUUGUAGCAGUAAUAGAGACUUUGACCACCAAGAGGAGACCAACUGUCCUAGAACCUGGACAUUUCUCCAUUUUCACAGCAUAUAGAUGGCAAUGGCUCGGAGGGUUUGUAGCAUUCCUCGUUUACAUGAUCACUACAUAUUCCUUAUAUGUUCCAGACUGGAGUUUUGUGGUGCCCCACAAUCAUGAAGCAAAGAGAUACACGGUUAAAUGUGGGAUGAGAGGACACUUAGGACCUGCAUGUAACGCUGUUGGUUAUGUGGACAGAGAAGUUUGGGGCAUAAAUCAUUUGUACUCCAGCCCAGUUUGGUCGCGCUUAAAGGCUUGCACUCUUAGUUCUCCGAAUUCUGGCCCUUUUCGCGAGGACGCUCCAACUUGGUGCCGUGCUCCAUUUGAACCGGAAGGCCUGUUGAGUACAAUCUCAGCUAUCCUCUCUAGCACAAUUGGCAUCCAUUAUGGACAUGUUCUGAUUCAUUUCAAGGGUCACUCUGAGAGGCUCAAGCAGUGGGUCUCAAUGGGGUUCGGCUUACUCAUCAUAGCCAUAAUUCUUCAUUUUACAGAUGCUAUUCCUAUUAACAAGCAGCUCUACAGCAUCAGCUACGUCUGUUUCACAGCCGGUGCAGCGGGGAUUGUGUUUUCCGGAUUCUACAUUCUGAUUGAUGUUUGGGGAUGGAGGACUCCAUUUUUAUUCCUGGAGUGGAUAGGGAUGAAUGCAAUGCUCGUUUUUGUGCUCGGUGCACAGGGAAUCCUUGCAGGAUUUGUGAAUGGAUGGUAUUACAAGAACCGUGAUAACACACUUGUUAACUGGAUUCAAACACAUGUAUUUAUAAAUGUUUGGAAGUCAGAGAGUCUAGGGACCCUUUUGUAUGUGAUAUUUGCUGAAAUUACAUUCUGGGGAGUUGUAUCAGGCAUCUUGCACAAAUUGGGUAUAUACUGGAAGCUAUAAGAAGCAAAUACUGCUAGUAAGUAUACGGAGGAAUGGUGUUUUGGUAUAGUAAAAUAUUCACACAGAUAUCUUAAAAAUUCAAGCGUUACUUGUACUUCUACAUAUUGUCUGUUAUAGUAACCAAAAUAUUAC